AUGGCCAAGUCAAUGGGAUUAAACGUGGCUGGUGGUCUGUCGUCACUAUUGAAGGAUGGUCACAAACACUUUGAGGGCGUCAAUGAGGCUGUAGCCAAAAAUAUCGACGCUGUAAAACAGUUGGCGGCUAUUACGCGUUCGUCACUUGGUCCUAACGGAAUGAAUAAGCUUGUGAUCAACCACUUAGAACGUAUCUUCGUCACGAGCGACACAGCGACUAUUGUGAAAGAAUUAGAAGUCAUUCAUCCAGCCGCGCGUAUGGUUGUCAUGGCUGCAAAGAUGCAGGAGAACGACUAUGGAGACGGCACGUGCCUCGUUGUAGCGCUAGCAGGCGAAUUACUCAUGGAGGCCGCAAGUCUGUUACGCAUGGGUCUGCACGCUAGCGAGAUCGUCACGGGCUAUGAAAAGGCGCACGAUAAGUGCCAAGAGAUUUUGCAAGCUCUACAAAGUGUGCAGGUCCGGGACCCACGCGACCAAAAUGAGCUAGAGAAGGCUAUUAAAACGUCGCUGGCUUCGAAACAGUACGGAUACGAAGACUUACUCGCUAAGCUCGUGGCCGAUGCUUGUCUGAACGUCAUGCCUGCAGCUCCUAAAAGACCGUCAAUUAACGUGGACAACAUUCGUGUAGCCAAAAUCAUGGGUGGAAACUUGAACGACUCGACUGUUAUCCGUGGUAUGGUAAUUCUGCGUAACACUGAAGGUAAUAUUAAGAAGGCUCUGAAGGCGAAAGUCGCAGUGUAUGGAUGCGGUAUCGAGAUCUCGUCUACUGAAGCUAAGAGCACUGUACUUAUUAAAGACGCGGAUGAACUCAUGAACUACAACAAGGGGGAGGAGAAAAAGCUGGAGGAAGCUGUCCAGGCCAUCAGUGAUUCAGGAGCUACAGUGGUUGUCUCAGGUGGUAGUAUCAGUGAAAUGGCGCUUCAUUUUUUAGAAAAAUACAAUUUAAUGACGAUCAAGAUUCAAUCCAAGUGGGAACUACGUCGAUUGUGUCGUGCUGUGAAUGCCAACGCUCUAGUUCGUCUUGGAGCCCCGACACCCGACGAAAUGGGUUUUUGCGACAGUGUUCUAGUCAAGGAAAUUGGUGGCAAGAAAGUUACUGUUUUUCAGCAAGACGAAGAGGAUGCCAAGAUCGCGACAAUUGUGCUGCGUGCUAGCACCGACAAUGUGCUGAAUGACAUUGAACGGGCUAUUGAUGACGGGGUGAAUUGUGUUAAAUCGGUGUGCCGAGACGGUCGAUUCGUCUCUGGUGCGGGCUCAACAGAGAUCGAAUUAUCGCGUCAGAUCAAGAACUUCGGUGAAGCCACUCCGGGUCUUGACCAGUAUGCCAUUAAAAAGUUUGGUGAAGCGAUUGAGGUUGUGCCCCGAAUUCUGGCAGAAAAUUCGGGUCAGAUGGCCACGGAGGUGCUCUCAAGCUUGUACGCUGCUCACGCGGCAGGCAAUGUUAAUGCUGGAGUGGAUGUGGACAAUGAGCAAAAGUCUCACGUAAUUUCAGAUGCAUUGGACAAAGGCAUUUGGGAUCAUCUUCAAACCAAAAUGUCUGCUAUUCGACUUGGUGCUGAUGCUGCCAUCACAGUUCUCCGUGUUGACCAGAUCAUCAUGGCUAAGGCGGCUGGUGGUCCUAAGCCUCGAGGCAUGUAG